AGAGGUAAUCAUCGUAUGUCUGGCAGCGUCUUUACCGGUGGCCUUACACGAGUGGUGGUGGUGCUGCUGCUGAGACGCCCAACACAACAGCCAGCCAUGGGGGAGGAACCGCAGCCCAAGUUCAAGUUGCUGCCCAAGAUCCUGAAUGGAGGCAUCGCCGGCAUCGUGGGCGUCACCUGCGUCUUCCCGCUGGACCUGGUCAAGACGCGCCUCCAGAACCAGCAGAUCGGACCCAAUGGCGAGCGCAUGUAUAAUUCCAUGCUGGACUGUUUCCGCAAGACUUACCGGCAGGAGGGUUACUUUGGGAUGUACCGCGGCUCCGGGGUGAACAUCCUCCUCAUCACGCCGGAGAAGGCCAUCAAGCUCACCGCCAACGACUUCUUCCGCCACCACCUCACCACCAAGGAAGGCAAGCUUCCCAUCCAGCGCGAGAUGAUGGCGGGCGGCCUGGCGGGGCUGUGCCAGAUCGUCGUCACCACCCCCAUGGAGCUGCUCAAGAUUCAGCUGCAGGACGCCGGACGGGUGGCUGCGCAGGCUGUUGCUAGCGGUAACGCAGCCACUGUCCCCAAGAUCUCGGCCACCUCCAUCACCCUGCGGCUGCUGCGGGAGAAGGGCAUCGUUGGCCUGUACAAGGGCACUGCCGCCACCAUGCUCAGGGACGUCUCCUUCUCUGUCGUCUACUUCCCGCUCUUCGCUCACCUCAACUCCCUUGGGCCGCGCAAGUCUGAUGGAUCGGGCGAGGCGGUGUUCUGGUGUUCCUUCCUCGCCGGCUGUGCUUCGGGAUCGCUGGCAGCCCUGGCGGUCAACCCCUUCGAUGUGGUGAAGACCCGGCUGCAGCUGCUGACCAAGGGCUCCCAAGACACGCAGUACAAAGGGAUCGUGGAUGCUAUAAUCACCAUCAUCAAACAGGAGGGGCCGCGGGCGUUCUUCAAGGGAGGCGCCUGCAGAAUGAUCGUCAUCGCGCCGCUCUUCGGUAUCGCCCAGAUGGUCUACUACUUUGGCGUGGGCGAGGCCAUCCUGGGCUACAAGAAGUGAAGGGGGUCAGAACAGUAGAAGUAGGAGAACCACCAACAGCAGCAGCAACAAGAACAGUAGCACCAGUAGCAGGGAUAGGAACGGCAGCAGCUCUCGUCAUGCCCCCAAAGACUCUGGCAAGCUCAAACAAGGUAGACAAACGGACAGAUGGACAGGUUCAGGUGAGGUGGAAGGUGUUCAUGCAGUAUUUGAGUCUUGGAUUAUGCACGGAAAGUUACCGUUCACGUGACAAGCAUCUUUAUCGUCUCAUCUGUGUCAUUUCUGCGUGGUGUGGGUGCCAGCUUAAGACUGGCGAUAGAAUGCUCAGAACCUUCGCACCAUGCAGAGACAAUGCAGCUGCUAGUCACAUGAACGGUAACUUUCCCGAGCAUAGCAGGUUGUUGGAGUAUUAUUUGCACUCUCUUACUGAUGCACCGGGUUAUGUAUUUAGCUGGAGUUGCCAUACAAGAGAUCUGUCUGGGUCCUAGUUCUCCUAAGAUGGGUUUGCUCAGUAUUCAGUUGCACUUAUUGCAGACUGUACUAUUUCGUUCUGCCGUGUGGUCCUUGUUCUCUUAAGAUGGGUUUGCUCAGUAUUUCCCUGCAGCCACCUACUACUGCAGAUCAUGUGUUUCGUGCAGUAUUCUAACUAGUAUUGUUUCAGCUCGCUUACUGAAAGAUUUAACCGACACUUUUUAUGUGCACCCAUUGACGAGUUAGCUUUUGCUUCAGUCAGUAUUAAGAAAUCGGUAUGCCAAACUUCUUGCUGGGAUCCUGAGUCUAAUUGGUAUUAAAGGAGAUAUUGCGUUACUGAAGUGCUGAAUGUUCUGCCAAAUUGUUACGUUACUGUUCUCGAGAGCGGUUUGAAUGAGUGAGAUGGAAUGAGUGUUAGAAGAGAAAGAGAGAGAUGUUCCAUACGAGAAUUUGGUCUUGUGUUGAAGGCUGAAUGGAGAGUAAGAAACAGUUGACAGAAAAGAUCGAUAAAUAUAUGAGUUGUCAAAUCUAUCAAAUUGUUACGUUAUCAUUUGCAAGAACAGUUUGAAUGAGUAAGACAGAGGAGCAAAUGUUUGAGGAGAGAGAGAAAGGUGCAUCGUAAGAGAGUAUGGUCUUGUGUGGAGGCCGGAUGGAGGGCAAGAAACAGGUGUCAGAAAAGGUAGAUAUAUGAGGUGUGUCAUGACUAAGGGAUUUACUUUUUUUACAGUAAAGGAAGCAGCUCAACGGCAAAAAUAAAUGAAAACAAAAAUGCCUGAUGAAAGAAAGCAAAGUACUAUACCAUUACGUUAUCAUGACACCCUUAAACUCCUCCGUCAUUGCACGCCUCAUGUGGUUCGUGGAAGAGGAAGUAAAUAGGAGCUGAAUAAAAAGAAGAAAUAGUUAUAGUGAUGGCCAGGCGAAUACUGUAGGCCUACGUAAUGUUUAGGUGAUUUUCGUCAAUGUGUAAAGUUAAUAUGAUGGGCCAGGUAAAUAAUAUAGACUUCUAACACUGACUGAGAAAAGGCAAUAUAAUGUUUGGGUUAUUUUGGUCAAUGUCUGGAUAGUUAUUGUGAAGGUCAAGAUGAAUAACAUAGGCUACUAACACUGAGGGAAGGCCGUUUAAUGUAUGGGUGAUUCUGUUUAGUGUGUGGAGAGUUAUCGUAAUGGCCUAGCUAAUAUUCAGGGCUGCCAACACUGAGGAACGGUCGUGUAAUGUUCGGGGGAUUCUCUUUAAUGUGCGGAGAAGAGUCGUGGCAAAGCGAGGGUGAGUAUUAAACAUUCCCAGCGAGCUUCACGUAAAGAGUGCCGUUGUUUUCUUUCCUCCAUUGCACUUGUCCCUUGGCUGUGCUCCCUCCCUACCUACUUCUCUCUGUCCCAGUUUAUAAAAGAAAUCCGUUUUAUUUCCUCUCAUUUUUUCUCCUCUCCAUUCUUCCUGUGUAUAUGGCAUGUGCAUGUGUUCAGUAUAUUCAGGUUCUAAAUUGAGUUGUGUGUGUGUGUAUGUGCAUGUGUAUAUAAAAGAGUAAUAACAAUGAAACUAAUCACGGAGGGGAUGUAUAGUACUAUAUUUUUACCCAGGCAAGCAGAGUUACCACCACACUUUUCCUUCAUUUAGUCUAAACAUCCCAUUAUAGUUUACUUUUUUUUCUACCUUACCACAUCACUUUAUUCAGCACCAUGUCCUUUUUUUCACCCCCAACGUCUAUUCCACCUUACUACUUAUUCUUUUUCAUAUAGCGUCCUUUAUUUUCACCUCACCUUCGUACAUUGCCGUGACUUUCCCUUACAUCAAAGUGUCUCUCUUCUUUCACUUUGCUGUCUGCCUCCACCUGACCACAGUGACAUAUUGCUCACCUUCCCAUACAGCACCUUGUCUUUCCCUUACCACACCUUACUCCAUACAUCGCUGUGUCUUUCCCAUGCAGCGUCGUGUCCCUCUUCCCUCACCUUACUGUUUAUCUUCACCUGACCACAGUGCCCUUACAGUUCUUCUCUCCUUUAUCACAUCACCUCUCCGCACACCACCUGGUCUUUUUCUGUCACCUCCACCAGCUAUCCUGCCUUACCUGGACACAUUGACAUCUCUCUUCCCUCACCUUACUGUUUACCUUUACCUGCUCACAGUGCCAUAUAGCCUACAGUUCUCUCCUUCAUCACAUCACCUCUCCGUACACCACCUGGUCUUUUUCCGUCACCUCCACCAGCUAUCCUGCCUUACCUGGACACAUUGACAUCCCUCUUCCCUCACCUUACUGUUUACCUUUACCUGCCCACAGUGCCAUAUAGCUUACAGUUCUCUCCUUUAUCACAUCACCUCCCAAUACAUCAGCACAUCUUGUUCCUCUACCCCCUGUGUCUAUUCCACCCUACCUCUACAUUUCCGUGUCUCUUGUUCCUUUCUACACCUUACUGUUGACCUCCACCUGACCACAGUGCCAUAUUGCUUCUGAUACUUGACCCAGCCUAUUCUCCCACCACCCCACUCACUCACCCUCACCCCAGCUGCCUAGGGGAACGUCACCCAAGACUAGCCAGGAAUCAAACCUCACGCUGCGAUAUUAGUGCUGGUCAGGCUGCUGUGCUUCCUUGUGCUGUGCUGUGCUGUGCUAUGCUGUUUUAAGUAGUUGUAGGUCAUGUAUCUCCGUUCCCCAAGAUUGCAUCCCAACUGUAGUACAAAAUAAUAGUUUGAUCUGUAGCUGAGGGAGAAGAAUGUUUCUGUCCGCUGGAGGUCGUCAUUUUUGAGUCAUGUCUACUCGGUGGGUCGAAUUUAAAGGGAUCCAUGAUUUAAAGACCCUACUCAGCGCUGACUCUUUGUUGACGCAUUAUGGAAGACAAACUCAGUGAUGCUCAUAGUCCCUAAAAGUUGUCCUGUAAAUCCAGAUGUUUAAGUAUACAUAGCUUGCUCAGACAAAAGAAUAACUAUAAUCUUAUCAGUGCCAUAUUGAUUCUGAUCUGACGCAACUUAUUCUCCCAUCAACUCACUCACUCACCCAUCACCUGAGCUGCCUAAGAGAGUCACCCACCCCAGAAUAGCAAUAAAGAUAAAUUUGAUUCAAUAGAAUAAUAUGAAAAUACUAAUCAAAUCAUUCUAAUAGACUAACAGGAAGGGUCACAGUAGAUUCUGGGCUCAUAAAAGAUGCCAUCUAGCCGAUCGAAGGAGCUAACUGGCCUGCCCAAGUGUGGUGUGGUGUGGGGGUGGUGUGUUGGGGCAGCUCAGUGCAAUACAAGUCACUGUAAUGUUGGUGAUGAGGUGAUUCAACUGCUAAAUGAAAGUUCACAAAGUUCCCCUCAGUAUAAUAACUAAGAAAUGCUCCCUAAAUCCACCCCCAACACCAAUACCCACACCCACACCUCAGUGACCUCGGCCGGCAGUCUCCCAUCAGUUACUACGAGGCAAUACACGUGACUCCAGUAGUCCAUAGUCCAGAGUCCCUCCACUGAGCCGACUAAUCAUUGUAGUCCUUCACUGCCUAGCUGCUUGUCAUGUUGUAGUUGGUUUCCUUGUCUCUUCUUCAUUUAACGUCCUUAUUUUUCCUUAUGGGGUUGGACAGACUUGGUUUCCUUGCCCAUGCUUCAUGCUUCACACCACUUGGAGAAAUAUUGAUAACACACCUUUUUCUCUCACAAGUUAACCCCUUUCUUUCCCUAGUUUUGCAGUCAUAUAGACUUGUAUUUAUAAAGUUAUUUCUGUUUGAGUUUCAUGUUAAAAGAUGAAUAGCUGGAAAUGUGAAUGUAGAUAUUUCUGUAUAUGAGUUUCAUGUUAAAUAGUCACUCGUGUGUUUUUAAUUUCACGGGAAAUUUUUUAAAGAUUUUUAAUGAUCUGUAUGAUACAUCUGUUAUAAUUGUUAUUUGUGUGUUAUUUUGAAAGAUUAUGCCAACAGAUUUUUUUUACCCAUUGUACAUGUAAUGGUACUCUUUGUUGAAUCAGCUUGAACACUAAAGAGUUCUGGUGCUCAAAAAGAAACCUGAGCUGUGUGUCUUCUGAUGAUACAGUUCAGUAGAACCGUAUGUCAUAUCAGCAAGAUAACCUGAACCUUUGCUUCCUUCAGCCCUCGAGGAUAUGUGUAGUUAGGUCUGUGUUGUGUAGAGAUGCUGUACGUGUGACCAGUACCAGCAAGCCUGUAGAUCAGUGCUGUGACAAGUAAGUGCCUCGUCUGUACCCAGCACGGCCAUGCAGGUCUGUGUGUUGUAAGGUACACAUUGCACACCAUGAUGCAUACUGUGAUGCAUCCAACAGUAAUAUGAGUAAUACUUGACAAAAUUUAUUCAACCCAGGCUCAGGGGUUAAUGAAAACCGAGGCAACACGCAGAUUUUUCAGCGUAUGUCCCCAGCUCUACCUUCCUUACUAUGGUCAGGGUUGACUUAGUGGGUCUAUAUCCAAGUGCUGAAACACAAUCAUUUAGUCCUGUAGUCAGGAUGAUCCAUAUUUGGCUAUUUCACCUCACAGCCAGGCUUGCCUCACUGUGUAGUCCAAACCAUCUUGUGUGACUGUCUGGCCAUGUCUGUAUAAAUUCCAAAACCUGCAUCUCCCAACCUGCAUGGCAAAGACCGGCUGCCUGUGGCCUAUAACUAAUGUUUUGAGUGCUGUUCAGGAAAACCAAAUCUAGUACUCAUUUAUGCCACUGACAGCCAAGAAUCCAUGACUGGCUGUGAUCAUUGCUGACACCCUGAGCCUCUGCCGUGUGGUGUGUUGUUGAACCUUCAGCACCACCCUGGCAUCUGUUCCUCAAUGCCACAUCAGUGUUACAGUUCAGCUCUAGAGUAAUCCAUAAAAACAGCUCCAGUAUUCCAAGUGCAAUUUAAGGAAGCUUCAAUAAGUAUUCACGGUGCAGUAUAAAUAAGCUGUAAGUAGCAGAGUCCCGUUGGUACAUAUAUUGCAUACCACACAUUACACAUAUUUUCAUAUUGACCUGCAUGACCAAAAAUAAAUCCAUGACUCCAUUAUAAAUAAGUAUUCCGUGCGCACUUGUUACAUUGGCACUUCUUCACAGCACUUAGAAAUUAAGAAUGUAUGUAGUGUUGAGUGGGGUGUUCCGAGUGUAUGUGUGCAUGUCCACCAACAUCUCCAGCUGUUGUGUACGUGUUGUGCUGAGUGUUGAGUGUUGGGGUGUUGAUCGGUGUUUCCAUGUAAAGGUGUGAUGCUACAUGGGGACACACUUGAGGUGGAUGGCACGGUCAGGUCCUGGCUGUCCCACACUUUAAAGGAUGUCGUGUGUGACAGGCGCCGGAUUUUUCAAAGGUAUUAGUCUUCGUCAACAACAAUGUGGCUGAUUUGUCUUUUUUGACUCGUUUUUCAAGGCAUGGUUAAUUGGUUUUACUGAUUUUUCUAUAGCACUUUUUACUCAACUUUGUGAAAAUCAAACACUUCCAACUAACUGUCCCAACAAUGAGAGUAAAAAGACAAACUAGCCACAGAACUGUUAAUAAAUACUAAUAUGAUGUUUAAAAAAUCUGGUGCCGUCCGUGGUGUAGUGCGCCCAACAGAGGAGCUGUGAGUGUGAUGCUGUGUGGUCACCUUCAGGGUCUUGAUCCGCGUAGCAGCUGGUGAACCCUCAUGCUAGGAGAGGACGUGUGUGCUUGUCCAUAAAAAUAUUGCAGAGGUACUAUUUUAGAAGAGAACACAAGUAUACAUAAAUAUAUAUAUAUGAUUGGAUGUUUUAGUUAAUGCUACUUACUAUAGAGUAUAUUAUAUAGAGUGUCAGGUGUUUACCAAUGUAUAAUGGGGUUGUGUAAUAGAGAAGUGGUUGUGACAAUAAUUUGCUGCAUGUCUAUGAACAGUUUAGGAACAAGAUAUUAAAGGCAAACAAAGACAGGCAUUGCAGAUCCCAUUGAAGAUACUGGAAAACUGACAGUAACUUCAAACUUCUUCAUGCACCAAAUGACAGACAAAAAUUAUUAUUAUUUUACCAUUCAUUGCUAUGUUUUUUAAUGCUAAAAAAAAUUGCAGCCAAUUCUUUCAUUUCACACAAUUUGUCUUCCUCACGGCCUUGCUUGGCUUCAUGUUUUAUAAUGGCAAGACUGGCUCAUCCCACGUCCUGCAGGACUCAAGGGAUGAGCCAAGUUUGCACAGGAUUCUUGGCCCUGUACAUAAUUGCCAAGAGGAUCCUGUGCUAUUAUUUUGACGGAAGUUUUUUAUUUAGUGAUAUUCAGUGUUUUAGGAGUAAUGUUAAUGGCAGCUUUGCGUGGUUCUUUUUGUGAUGGCAAGCGCUUCCUGUACCGGUGUAAAAGACAGACACAGGGUGAUGCCUCACCCUUGUCAGGGAACGUCCAGGCACCUGCCGCACCGGACACCUGCUGCUUCCCGCCAGGUGUCAGAUGACUUCUGUUCUGUUCUUCCAUCAGCAACUGUGUUGCUCAUGCACUUUACUUUCAUUAAUGCUUUUGUUAAAGUACUUGUACAUAAGAAAGUGCCUUCAUGGGUACUGAUAAAGAGUAAGUAGUCUUCCACAUAUGAUUUGCACAUUGCCAAUACUGGUAAUGGUAUUAAAGUCUGCUUCAUGAUGCUCCACACAAGCAUGAUUACUUAUCACCCACUAACACCCAGUGAAUAUAAUGUUAUAAAUUUCCUGUCUUAAAAAGCUUGUAACAGAAAUAUUUGUACUGAACAAUUACAUUGUCUGGAGGUGUUCUCCUGUAACUCAAUACACAGUAAAAUUAUAUCAUGAUUAUUAAUACAUCAGAGGAGGAAUGUGUUCUGGGGCACCAUUGAAACCUGUCUCCGUCGUGCGGGUGUUGUCAGGGACAUUUUGGUCUAAAGACAAUGACAGAUUUCUGGUGCAUCAGACUUCCUGGCACAAGUCAGUAUUAGGUGAACAAAUAAUGUCUUAAAAUUACUGUGGAAAUGUCAUAUUAGGAAGAACAUUUACUAUUACUAAAAGCAGUGCACUGAUGUUGAUUUAUGUCAAAAAAUUCAUAAUCUAGGUAUUUACAGUUGCCAAACAAUGUUCCAAUGAAAUAUUUCUUCAUGUGAGAAUUCAAGACCCACAAAUUAUAAUUGUUACUGCUGUGA